CAGCAUGUCAAAUUUGCACGAAAAUUUUGUGAAAGUGUAUUUGAAGCCGUUAAUUGCAUAUUUAGCAAAACAAUUGUUAUUUAUUGACGAUAUUUGUGAUAUUAUAUAUGCAUAUUAGGAUAUUAAAUUCGCCAAUAUCAAAAAAACACUAGAUUGGCUUGCGUAUAUUUUAAAUUUCUAAAAUAGAUCUCCAGCGUCUGCAUUAAAUUCAAAAGCGGAGAGAGCGAACCUAUAAUAAAUAAAUAUAUAAUAAAUCCCUUUCAACACCAGUAUUAAGAUAUCAAUUUGUUUCUUGGAACUGAUAUGGAAGGAAAUAUAAAUACAACAAAUGAUACUUUUGCAACAGAGACAAAGUCAACAAAGAGAAAUAGCUCAAAAGCUAUUUAGAGCGUUUCAUAGACGAUUGUGACUACGUGAUUUAACCACAAAAUUUUAUAAAUAUUUGAGAGUGCAAGAGUAAUCCACAAAUCGCAGCAGCAACGGAAGCGUUAUCAGCUGGCACACGAGUUAGGGGGUUAAAGUGAAAAUUGUUCGGUCACCGACUCGAAGGGGCAGGUGCAUAGUAGAGUUUUGAUUUACCCCUCUCGUCGCGUUUAACCCAUAUGCUGUAUCCAAUAGCCAAAUAUUCAAGCUAAUGUAAACAAAUAUUCCGCUAAACAGAUUUAUAUUACAACAAUUACUUUUAAAAGUGUAAUAGUUACAAAUAAGAUAAAAGUGGCAAAACAGCUGCAAAAUCACUUAAAAUAGUUCAGCACAUUUAUAUACAAUUGCGAUGACAACGGGAAAGAGCAGCUGCAAUCGAAGUGCAAGAUAAAGAAGAAAUAGUGCAAAGUGUAAAUCAAAAGACAUAUCCACUGCUGAAAGUAAGGCCCCUGUCAAGGUUAAAUUGAAGGCAUAUACUCUUUGGAGGUCAAAGAAGAAUAGUAUUUCAGGUUUUAACAAGUGUAUAAGAUGUAAAGUUGAAAAGCUUACUUAAACGAUCAAAAAAAAAAAAAAUCGAAAGUUGAAAUUGUUGAAGUUUAAUUAUUAAAAAAUGGAAAAAUUUCCACAGUGUGCCAUUUGCGGUACAACGCAGCAAUUGUUGCGUUGCGCCAAAUGUAAGUCGAUUUUUUACUGUUCCACUGCACAUCAGCAUAUGGACUGGCCCAUGCAUAAACAGUCUUGCCGUAUGUUAGCCAAACAAAGGAAUGAAAAUCGCAUUCAACAUCUGCAACAGGCUGUUGCUGCCACAACACUAAGCAAUACAAUUGCGCCAUCAAUGCCCACAACAAGCAACGAUGUUGAUGCUGGUCACCAUCGUUGGACAACAUCCACGAAUGAUAUGGCUAUUAUAGGCUUUGGACUACUAGGCGGUAACGAAAGUGCUGAAGUUGAUCCUAGCAUACUAACUGCAGUACCACCCAUGGCUGUGAUGAUGGGUAACAAUGACAAUGGCGUUGCAUACAACCAGACAAAUGGAUUGGCUAACGAGGCAAAUCCCAACCAAAUAUCAGAUACAGGUGGCACAGUGACCGGUGCUGGUAUUAUGCAAAACAAUACGUCAUUAUGCAUGCAACCGCAAUAUCACCAUGUAGAUCAACGCUUGCUAUCGCCGCAAUAUCAUCAACAACAACAGCAAUUAAUGCACCAACAAUUGCAGUGUCAACAGAUAUCGCCAUCGCAUACACCAUACACAGCAAACCUUACCAACCAUAACACACAUCAUCAUUAUGAGAAAAGCAUCAGCUGUCAAGUUGGAAGCGGAGGUGGCGUGGACGAAAACGCUUUUGGAAAUGCAAACGAGCGCCGCUAUGACGAAUUAUGUCGAAAUAUUAUCAGCGACAUGAAUCAGUACGGUUUGUCGGUGGUCGAUGAUUUUCUAGGCGUCGAGAAGGGCCUGCAGAUUCUCAAUGAAGUGCAUCGCAUGUAUUCAGCUGGUGUCUUCAAAGACGGCCAACUGGUAAAUAAUUUGCGAGAAGAAGAGCUGCGCACAAUACGCGGCGAUAAGAUAACGUGGGUUAAGGGCGUAGAACCAGGCUGUGCAAAUGUUGGCUAUUUGAUAAAUCAGAUUGACGCGGUCAUUUGUCGGGCAAACACAAUGAAGAACAAUGGUCAAAUGGGCAACUAUAACAUUAAAGAGAGAACAAAGGCUAUGGUGGCUUGCUACCCGGGUUCCGGCUCGCAUUAUGUGGUGCAUGUCGAUAAUCCGAACAAAGACGGUCGUGUUAUAACGGCCAUUUACUAUUUGAAUGUCAAUUGGGAUACGGACCGCAGUGGUGGCAUUUUACGAAUUUUCCCAGAGCACGGUAAUUCAGUUGCUGACAUCGAGCCGAAAUUCGAUCGUCUGAUCUUUUUCUGGUCCGAUCGUCGGAAUCCCCACGAAGUGCAACCCUCACAUCGCACCCGCUACGCCAUCACUGUGUGGUAUUUCGACGCGAACGAACGCGAAGCGGCGCUGAAUCGUAUUAAAAACAACAAAAAUAAUGCCAAAUCAACAACAAAUACAACAGCGAGGGCGUCGGCGCCUACGAAUAUGCACGACAACUCGAGUACAACGCAUACAAAUCCGCAAUUGAACACCAGCAAUGCGUCGGCGCCGACAAUAGCAACAACAGCAGCAGCACCACCAACAACGGCAACAGCAACAACAACGCCAACAAUGCCAACACCCGCAAAUACCAAAAUGGUUGCGAAUUCGAAUGCGACCAUAAACAACAGUAAAUGUGCGAGUAUAAACAAUGCGACGGCGAAUAUCGGCGAGCACCACCACACGAACAGCAACAGUGCGGUGCUUGCGAAUUCGAGUGAAAUUUGCACGUAACACCGCAACCAGCUGUUGUUGUUGUUGUUGUAAAGAGAGAAAAAGCUGCUCUGUGUGCUGUAGCGCGCGUGUUUCUUGCGUUUGUGUUUUUUGUUUUGGUUUUAUAAGUUUUUGUGAUUUUUGAUGAUUUUAUUUUAAUUGUGUGCGGAAGUGCUAUAAAUGCGUAGGAGCAUAGGAAAAGAACAAUAACAAAUUGGAAAUGCAAAAAAUAUUAUCCUAAACUAUGAAAAUUGUAUGUAUGCUAGAAGUAUUAUAUUUACGAAUGUAAUGUAAAUAUAUAUGUAAUUCACUAGAACUAAGCUCUUCGGCUUCAUAGCUUAGGUAAAAAGAAAGCUUAAUGAAAUAUUUGUAUUACAUAUGUGUACUAUGUAUUAUAUACCCAUUUGUACGAACAUACAUACGUACAUAUGUAUGUAAUGCAUGCAAAUAGGCGCAGACGUUUGAAAUGUGAUAAAAGCGAAGAAACAAUGUGGGAACGCAUUCUAGAGGUGUGAAACGCUGUAAAGCCGCUAACUAAAUGCCAGUGUACAGCUGUCUGUUAAUUUUUUUUUUUUGUUUUAUAAAAAUGUAUUGCCCAGCAGUUGUCGGUACCUUUUUGCUGUAGUUUGUGUACGUUCUGUAUGUAAACACGUGUAACUUAGUCUAAGUAUUGCGCGUUUAUGAAAUUUCUAUACAAAAUGCAGUUGUAUGCAUGCAUAUACUUACAUAUGUAUAUGUACAAAUAUUAGGGUGUCCAUUAUUUGACAUUUUUGUUCUUUGUAAAUGCUUUCUAAAGUUUCAGCUUUUGCCCCAAAUGAAGUGCAUUUGCAUAUAAUGUACUGUAUUCAUAUAGUGCACCAUGUCGUAUGAGCAACACUCUAUGAACGCUCAACAUUUUUAAAUGUUGUAGAUAUACUUGCUUAAUGCAACAUAUCAAAAAAUCGUACGGAAAAUAGAAUUUAUGUCAGGUUUAAAUUGGAAAUAAAGAGCUUGCUUCCGACAAAAACUGAUACCCCUACUACGAAUUUCAACUCCACUCGAUUGAAUUGAAGUUCAAAUCAACCCAACUCUUUUUUUGGGAUAUUCAACUAUUUUCAGUUGAAGUUUGAUUGCUGUUGCCAACCUAAAAAAUAAAGAUUUUACAUAAUGUAUAAUUAAACAACUGAAAAUAUUUAAACGCAAAAACAAUUUAAUUUAGCUAUUCCUCAUGAAAAGGUGAAUAAUUGUUAAAAUGGACAUUAGUGUUGAUUACCGGUAGAAAUCAAGAAUGCAUUUUAAAUGAUUUUAGCUUUGGGUUGAAGCAACCUGCUAUGGUUGUUGCCAAACCUGCUUUUAAAUAUUAUAAACUCUAUAUUUAUGCGCUAUGUAUAAAACUUCAAUGAAGAAAAGGAGAAAAAUGUUGUAAAAAUUUAAUUUUACUCAAAAAGUGUAUCCCAAGAAGUAGUAGGUUAUAUCGAAGCUUUAUCUUUGAAACACUUCCAUUAAUUUUCUUUUCAUGUAACCAAAUUGUAGAUUGUCUCGUUCAGUUUAAUACCGAAUUUCAAAACUUCAACCAAAAUGCAGUCGGGUUGAAAUGAAAACCGUAAUAGGGGCCUGAAACUUUAUGGGGCAUUGUAAAAAAAAAAAAAUUAACUUGAGCAAUAACGGACAUCCUAAUAUAUAUUUAUGUGCGUAUUUUGUGCUCGUCAUACGAAUGUAUGUAUGUGUGUAUGUACAUGAAUGCACUUGCAAAUAAUACAGUAUGAAAAACUUAUCAAAGCUUUAAACAGAUUUGCUAUGAAAAGUCACUUAGUAAGCCAAAAUAAGGGCAAAAAAUUGUAAUUACCAAUAAUGAGUUGUUUAGAAUUUUAUUUUAGGCGCUAAACGGAAGCUUAUUGCUAUGUGUAUACAUAUAUAACUGGUAUAUAUAACUGGUGAAUCUAACUGACUUUGCUAAUUAUUUAAGCUAACAAUUUUGUGCUGAUAAUACCAGUUGACAUAUUCGCUUAGUUAAAGUCUAAUUUAUUCAGUAGUAUUUCAAAGUGAUGAUGGAAAUGAUUGCAAUUCACACAAACACACUUGCAUUAUUAAUGUGUACGUGCACAAUGGCAUGCAAGCAAAAGUCAAAUAGCAGCUGGCAAGCAAAUAUUAGCAACAACAACAAGGCGUAAUGCAAUAAGUUAAAUGAAUAAUUAAAUAUAAAUAACAUGCAUACAUACAUACAUACAUAUGUACUAAUUGAGCACGCAUAAAUAUUUGUUCGUUUGCGAGUGCGUGUGUGUGUGUGCAAAUGGAACUAGUAUAUGCUUUAUAAGAAAUGAGUGAGGUAAUGCAGACUUUUUUGUAAUAUACUAAAAAAAAUUUGUAUCAUUAAUAUUCAUAAAACACAUAAAUAUAUAUAUGUACAUAUAUAUAGAAAUAUUUCUACUUGCAUAAAACAAUUCGACUACUAAACUUAGUUACCUUGUAUUAUAUAUAAUUUAGUAUGUUGUUACACAUACAUACAUAAAUACGUACAUAAAUAAAACCAAUAAGAGCCUGUGAAAAGCAAAAUAGUUAUAUAACAAUUGUGUAAAAAAAAAUGCAACCAAAUUUAUUUGCUAAAUAAAAAUGUAUACAUAAAUAA